AUGGCGCUCGCCGCCAGCGAGGGGAAUCUUUCCCCGGCGCUGCCCCUGGCCACUCUGAUCGGCCGCGAGCUCCGCGGCGACGGCACCGAGCGCCCGCACGUGCGCUACGGUCACUCCGGCUUCGCCAAGCGCGGCGAGGACUACUUCCUCGUCAAGCCCGACUGCCUCCGCGUCCCCGGAGACCCUUCCUCCUCUUUCUCCGUCUUCGCUGUAUUCGACGGCCACAAUGGUGUGUCGGCGGCGGUGUUCAGCAAGGAGAAAUUGCUGGAGCACGUGAUGAGCGCCGUGCCGCAGGGCAUCAGCCGCGAGGACUGGCUACAGGCGCUGCCGCGCGCGCUCGUCGCAGGAUUCGUCAAGACAGACAUUGACUUCCAGCGCAAGGGCGAGACGUCAGGAACAACGGCGACACUUGUUGUCGUUGAUGGGUUCAUGGUCACUGUGGCGUCGGUGGGAGACUCUAGGUGCAUUCUGGAUACACAGGGAGGCGAGGUCUCAUUGCUGACUGUGGAUCACCGGCUAGAAGAGAAUGCUGAGGAGCGUGAGCGCGUCACGGCGAGUGGAGGGGAGGUCAGCCGACUUAACCUCUGUGGUGGACAGGAGGUCGGUCCUCUCCGAUGCUGGCCGGGUGGAUUGUGCCUUUCAAGGUCCAUUGGGGAUACUGAUGUUGGCGAGUUCAUCGUACCUAUUCCACAUGUCAAGCAAGUGAAGCUCCCAAAUACUGGUGGAAGACUAAUUAUUGCAUCAGAUGGAAUAUGGGACGCUCUGUCCUCAGAGAUUGCUGCUCAGGCGUGCCGGGGAUUGCCUGCAGAACUGGCUGCAAAACUUGUUGUUAAGCAAGCUCUGAAGACAAGUGGGUUGAAAGAUGACACCACAUGUGUGGUUGUCGACAUCAUCCCAUCUGAUCAUUGUUCAACACCACCAGCAUUAUCUCCAAAGAAAAAUCAGAACAAGUUGAGGUCUCUUAUUUUUGGUAGAAGGUCUCAUAGUUCUGUUGGAAAGCUCAGCAAAUCUGCUUCUUUGGGCUCUGUGGAAGAAAUAUUUGAGGAGGGGUCUGCAAUGUUGGAAGAAAGGUUGGGUAGAAAUUUCCCAUCAAAAGCAAAUCUGCCCCCAUUUCGCUGCGCAAUCUGCCAAAUGGACCAAGAACCAUUCGAAGGUUUAAUGACGGACAAUGUAGGUGACUGCUGCUCAGCCCCAUCAACACCAUGGGGUGGUCCUUAUCUUUGCUCAGACUGUAGGAAAAAGAAGGAUGCGAUGGAAGGUAAAAGAUCGAAUCGCUCGACAACGUGCAGGUGA